CAUGCGCAAGCGCUCGUGCGCGCUCGCACUCGCGCUCGCGCUGUUUUGGUGCCUGAGGUAAAUACUAGUACCCGCUUCUCUGCAGAGGGGGCGGAAGAAAGCCAUGGAGCGGGAUGAAAGCGAGUUGGAACCUCCUGCCCUCCAGAAAGUCUCAUCUUUUGAGCGGAAUGAGGAGGAGGAAGAGGAUGAUGACUUGGAUCUUUUUGGGGGUUAUGACAGCUGUCGGCGUUACAGCACCAGCGCAGACAGUGCCAGUACAUCCUAUCUGGAAGACUCUAGUGAAAAUGAAGCAGGGGAUAGAGAAGCUGGGGAAAUACCUGUGUCCCCUUCAAAGUCCCAAACACCUGUUCCCCGGGUGUCAGAUGAUAAUGGAUCUGAGCCAGCUAUCUGUGAGAUGUGUGGUAUUGUGGGCACAAAAGAUGCCUUUUUCUCCAAGACCAAACGUUUCUGCAGUGUCUCCUGCUCCAGAAGUUACUCUUCAAAUUCCAAGAAGGCUAGUAUCCUGGCAAGGCUGCAGGGAAAGCCACCCACAAAAAAAGCCAAAGUCUUGCACAAAGCAGCCUGGUCUGCUAAAAUUGGGGCAUUUCUCCAUACACAGGGGACAGGACAGUUGGCAGAUGGAACACUCACUGGUCAGGAUGCUGUCAUUUCAGGCUUUGACUGGGGAACGUACCUGCAGGAUCAUGGAUACAAGGCUGCACCUGUUAGCUGUUUCAAACAUGUGCCUCUUUAUGACCAGUGGGAGGAUGUAAUAAAAGGAAUGAAGGUAGAAGUGUUGAACUCUGAUGCUGUCCUUCCCAGUCGUGUGUAUUGGAUUGCUUCUGUGAUUAAGAUUGCAGGAUACAAGGCACUGCUACGUUACGAAGGAUUUGAGAAUGAUUCCAGCCAUGAUUUCUGGGUCAACCUGGGCACUGUGGACGUGCACCCUAUAGGCUGGUGUGCCAUUAACAGUAAAAUCUUGGUUCCCCCACAGACAAUACAUUCCAAGUUCACAAACUGGAAGGAGUACCUCAUGAAAAGGCUUGUGGGAUCCAGAACCAUCCCAGUGGACUUCCAUAUAAAGAUGACUGAGAACAUGAAAUAUCCUUUUCGUCAAGGCAUGAGAGUGGAAGUAGUAGACAAGAAUCUUGUUUCCCAGACACGUGUGGCUGUAGUGGACAGUGUGAUUGGUGGCCGUUUGAGACUCCUUUAUGAGGACGGGGACAGUGAUGAUGAUUUUUGGUGCCACAUGUGGACUCCCUUAAUUCACCCUGUGGGCUGGUCCAAAAGAGUUGGUCAUUUCAUAAAGAAAGCAGAAAAGGGCAGUGAGAUGGCAAACCACCCUACCUUCCGGAAGGUUUACUGUGAUGCUGUCCCAUAUCUCUUUAAAAAGGUGCGUGCUGUCUACCCAGGGGGCAGUUGGUUUGAAGUGGGCAUGAAACUGGAAGCCAUUGACCCUUUGAAUCUGGGCAACAUCUGUGUAGCUACUAUUUACAAGGUUCUUUUAGAUGGUUACCUCAUGAUUGGUAUUGAUGGUGUGGCUUCAAGAGAUGGCUCAGAUUGGUUUUGCUACCAUGCUUCCUUGCAUUCCAUUUUCCCUGCUGGCUUCUGCAUGAAGAAUGGCAUUGAGCUGACCUUCCCAAAAGGUUAUGAUGCCAACACUUUUGACUGGGAAAGUUAUCUAGAAGAUACUGAUUCAGAAGCUGCACCAGCACGUCUGUUUAAUAUGGAUUGCCCAAAUCAUGGCUUCAGGGUGGGUUUCAAACUGGAAGCUGUAGACUUGAUGGAGCCCAGGCUGAUUUGUGUGGCAACAGUGAAGCGCGUGGUCCAUCGGCUCCUCAAAAUCCACUUUGAUGGAUGGGACAGUGAAUAUGACCAGUGGGUUGACUGUGAGUCCCCUGAUAUCUAUCCUGUGGGUUGGUGUGAACUGAUAGGCUUCCAACUGCAGCCACCAGUGGCCUCAGUAGAGCCCAUGUCCCCUGUGCCAGCCAAAGAGGUCCCAAAGAGAAAGAGAAAGCCAUUUGGAAAGAAACGGAAAAAGGCAACUCCUAAAGCCCAUCCCGUCAAACAAGCAGCCAAUAAAAUUGCUGCCCCAAAAGCAAAGGAGAAAACAAAAGCUGCUUCAAGAAUAGAGCCUUCAAAAUCAAAGCAGGAAGCACAGCCUGUGAACAAGACUUCAUCAAAACCAGCUUCUGGUGGAACUGUCAAUAAACAGGUGAAAGAAGAAAUCCUUUGCGCCCCAAUAUCGGAUUUUGAAACCUCACAGUUCCCUGUAUCAGUCAGCAUGGCAACAAAAGCUCCAGCAAGACCAAUGCUUCUCAGCUACUUGAAGGAUGAAGAUGUGGAUUAAAAUAUCAGGCAGCAAAAAGACUCCAGAGUCCUCUGGAGUACCUGGAAAAACACGGAAGGAAUCACUGGCCUAUUUUGGGAGCUUAAACAAAAACUUGGGGCUAUAACAGUUUAUUUUUUACUACAACUCCCAGAAUCCCUCGUGAUGCAUGGGCAGUAGUCCAAAACAGUUUUAGAGCUGUUUAAAGUUCUUUUGUAGAAUAUGAUUCCAGCCCAUAAAGUUCUCAGAACACAUCAAACAGAAUAAUGCAAAAAGCGCCUUUCUAAGAGGCAUUGCAAGGAACUGAGCAAGAAGCUUUUUAUGCUCAUGAAGUGAGGAGGCAAUCCUCUUAGGCAGUUUAGACUUACAUUGAUGGAAUCCAUGUGUGCACCAAAGAACUACAGGACUACAGUAUUAAAAGUGUUGUUGGAGGUGGUUGCUGCAAGUCAUAUCACAGCUCUCUCUCAAAUUGUCUUUAUUUCCCCCUUUUUGGUGCUUGCUUUCUUCUUCCCAUUCUGCUUUGUCCAAAUGGUAAAAGAAUGAAGAUAAUUAAAUAGUAUAUGAGCUGCUGCCAUCAACCAUGUACAUAUAUUGUAACAUCUUUUCUUCCCUUUCCCUUUUUAUUUUUAUUUUUAUUUUUAAGAGGAAAAUACAAAUAUAUACAUGUUUAAACAGUGAUAAACACACCUAUGUUCUUGAAGCCCUGACUCCUAUAAAGCUACUUUAGAUCAUGGCUUUUUAUUAGAAAGAAGUUGAAAAGAUAGUAGCUGGAGUAGAGGACCAUUGUUUUUCCAUUUUCUCUUCUUUUACUAUGAACUGAAUUAAAUAGCAUUUGAAAAGGAGGAAAUAGAAAAAGAAUUAUAAACUUUUCAAGAUGCGCAGUGUAGUUUUUUUGUCUUUUUUCUGUACAAACUCAAAUUUUAUUAAUAAAAUCUGUAAAUAAGG